UUAGAGAAUAACGACGUGAAAGAAAUAAAAGACAGAGCAUUUGCAGGAUCCAAUAUUGCCAAGCUUGAUUUCAAAAACAAUCCGGAUUUGGAGAUUCUUGGAGAUCUAGCUUUUGAUGGAAUACAAGAUUUGAGAUCACUGAAUUUAUCCAAGACGAGAGUAUCGUAUCUACCAACCGUUGGCCUUUCAACUGUCGAGGAUCUAAAUCUGGAGAACACACCAACUUUACAAAUCUUUCCGAGUGUUCUGAAGUUUUCUCAUAUAAGAAUUGCCCGCCUUACUUAUGCCCAUCAUUGCUGUGCUUUCAAGCAUCCAGAUAAACAGGAUCCGCAACUUUGGAAAGCUUUCGAGUUUCAGGAAACCGUGAGGAAAAAAUGCGAAGCUCAAAGACCAACUGCUGUCAAUCCGGGAGUACCAAUAACAGAAUGGGCUGUAGGCGGAGCUUGGGAUUCUUCGGAUCCUUUUCCAAGCAAAAACUUAUCUGAAGAUGACGCAAGUAACGGCAACGAUGGGUUUUUCUCCGACGUACCAACACUGAACGCUAAUAACACAAUUAACAUUGUCGCCUGUGGAAAGAUAGCACAUGCGUACAGUGAAGUUGUGUGUACUCCUCAACCUAACGCUUUUAACCCUUGUGAGGACGUUAUGGGCUAUGAAUGGUUACGCAUUGUGGUGUGGUUUGUCCUUCUGGCCGCUCUUCUUGGUAACCUCGUGGUCAUACUGGUGAUCAUCACUGGAGGAAGCAAGAUGACCGUGCCCAAUUUUCUAAUGUGUAAUUUAUCUGUUGCAGAUUUUUUAAUGGGUCUUUAUUUGCUCCUUAUUGCGUCCAUGGAUGUCCAUUCUCUUGGAGAAUAUUUCAACCAUGCUAUAACUUGGCAGAAUGAUGGCGGAUGCCAGGUAGCUGGAUUCUUAACAGUGUUUGCCAGCGAGUUGUCGAUCUUCGUUUUAACCGUUAUUACUAUUGAAAGAUGGUAUGCUAUAAGCUAUGCCAUGUAUGCCAAGAAACUGAAACUUCGCCAGGCAUCUUUACUCAUGCUACUUGGUUGGGGCUAUGCGACAUUUAUGGCAUCGUUACCAUUAAUGGGCAUCAGUGGUUAUGGCACAGUCAGUAUUUGCCUACCAAUGGAAGCAAAUGAUCUUCUUGAUAAGAGUUACAUCUGUUCCUUACUGAUUUUAAAUGGAGUUGCUUUCAUCGUUAUUUGCUGUUGUUACGUGAAUAUUUAUUUUAAUGUACAACAAAAUAACACCACCGCCAGAACAAAUGAUGCCACCAUUGCUAAACGUAUGGCUAUUCUCGUGUUCACAAAUUUUGUAUGUUGGGCACCUAUUGCCUUUUUUGGCCUCACUGCUUCUGCUGGAUUUCCUCUCAUUGAUAUCACCAACUCUAAAAUACUACUCGUCUUCUUCUACCCUUUAAAUUCAUGUGCCAAUCCUUUUUUAUAUGUAAUCUUGACGAAACACUUCAGAAAGGAUGUGUUUAUCUUGUUGGGAAAAUACGGGGUCUGUACAGAGAGAGCCAAUCGAUACAAGGAG